GCGCGCGAUCCGCAGCAGCUGUGGUGAAGGCAGCGCCUCCCCGCCCCGGCCGGCAGUUGAGGCGGCGACCGAGCCCGGCUGCGGAUCUCAGUGCCCGCUGCGGCGCCCGCCGCCCUCCAGCCCGGCUCCGAGCCUUCGUCCAGCCGCCCUCCAGAGCCUCGCCUUUCUCCCGCCCGGCCAGAUGAUGAACUUUCUGCGGCGCAGGCUCUCGGACAGCAGCUUCAUCGCCAACCUGCCCAAUGGCUACAUGAUGGACUUGCAGCGUCCCGACCCGCAGCAGCCGCCGCCUCCCUCAGCUUCUUCUGCGCCCGCGUCGGGCUCCCCGGCCGCGGAGCGUCGGCAGCCGCCGCAGUCGGCGCCCCCUCAGCAGCAGCAGCCGCCGCAGCCGCAGCAGUCGGCGGGCAGCAGCUUCUUCAGCUCCCUGUCCAACGCAGUGAAGCAGACGGCGGCCUCGGCCGGGCUGGUGGAUCCCACCUCAACCUCCUCCUCGGCCGCCGGCAGAAAGUUCAAGCUGCUGCUGGUCAUCGACGAGCCGCACACGGACUGGGCCAAGGCUUUUCGUGGAAAAAAGGUUCAUGGAGAAUAUGACAUCAAGGUUGAACAGGCAGAAUUUUCUGAAAUCAACUUGAUAGCCCAUGCUGAUGGCAAUUAUGCAGUAGAUAUCCAAGUAUUUCGAAAUGGCACUAAAGUUGUCAGGUCAUUCAGACCUGAUUUUGUUCUUGUUCGGCAACAUUCCUUCAGUAUGGCAGAAAAUGAAGAUUUCCGAAACUUGAUCAUUGGGCUGCAGUACGCGGGCAUCCCCAGCGUCAAUUCCUUGGAAUCAAUCUAUAACUUCUGUGACAAACCGUGGGUGUUUGCCCAGCUGGUGUCUGUCUACAAAACUCUGGGUCCGGAGAAGUUCCCGUUAAUUGAGCAAACGUUCUAUCCAAACCACAAGGAAAUGCUAACAAUGCCGACAUUUCCUGUUGUUGUGAAGAUUGGACAUGCUCAUUCAGGCAUGGGAAAGAUCAAGGUAGACAACCACUACGAUUUUCAGGACAUAGCCAGCGUGGUAGCACUUACUCAGACCUACGCCACUACUGAACCCUUCAUAGACUCCAAAUAUGACAUCAGGAUCCAAAAGAUAGGCAGUAACUACAAAGCAUACAUGAGGACGUCUAUCUCUGGAAACUGGAAGGCAAACACAGGUUCUGCAAUGCUGGAACAAAUUGCAAUGACAGAGAGGUACAAGCUUUGGGUUGACACCUGUUCUGAAAUAUUUGGUGGUUUGGACAUCUGUGCUGUUAAAGCUGUACAUGGAAAGGAUGGAAAAGAUUAUAUUUUUGAGGUAAUGGACUGUGCAAUGCCUCUGAUCGGUGAGCAUCAGAUCGAGGACAGGCAACAUAUAACUGAAUUAGUUGUAAGCAAAAUGAACCAAAUGUUGUCCAAAACUCCUGUACCAUCUCCUCAGAGACCCACUGCCACUCAGCAGCCUCAGAGUGGAUCACUAAAGGAGCCAGAGCCAAACAAAAUCCCACCUCAGCGACCACCACCUCAAGGGGGCCCAGUGCAACCCCAAGGGAUGCAAUCACAAAGCCAGGAGCCAUUGCAGCCACAGCGCAUGUACCCCCCUGGGCAGUCAGCAAAGCCCUCCACUUCCCAGCCACAGCGUCCACCCGGACCUACGACCCAGCAGCCACGUGCCCAGGCUCAAGGUCCUUCCAGCACCCGAUUACAAAAGGAGGCAGAGGCACAGCCUGCACCACAACCACAACCUGCUCCACAGCCACAGCCUGCGCCUCAGCCCGCCCCGCAGCCCGCGCCGCAGCAGAAGCCUCAGUCUCACCCACAGCUUAACAAGUCGCAGUCCUUGACAAAUGCCUUCAGUUUCACAGAAUCCUCCUUCUUCCGAUCAUCUGUGAAUGAAGAUGAAGCAAAAGCUGAAACGAUUCGAAACUUGAGGAAAUCCUUUGCUAGUCUUUUUUCUGAUUAGCCAGCUUCAUCUAAACGCACAUAGCAUAUAGUCUAAAAACCACGUGAAUGUUACAUAGGUUUUGUUUUCCCUGUGACAGUACCUUUCUCUCCUGUGCUAACUGUUGUAUUAAGCAAUAUGUUAAACUCACAAAAAGAAAAAGAAAGCAAACAAAAAAACCCACAGAAGAAGGACUUUGAUGAAAUACCAUUUGGGAACAUGUAUAGUGAUAAACAAGGUAGAGCUCUAUUAUGGAAACAGAAUGCCAAAUUCUGAAGUCCUUAUCUAUUGUAAUAUUGUGGCCUUACUGUGACUAUAUUAUCCUAAUUGAGACUUCUUUGUAGAUCUGUGUUAAUAAAGCAUUGGGUUAUGGGUUUCUUCUUGCUUUACCCAUUUCCAAUGCAUUGCAAUGCAUGUGUAUUUUGUGUGUAAAUGUUUUGUACUGCAAGAGUAGUCCUGAUCUGUUCUUGCCUCCCAAGUUUAGGAGGUAGUUCACACUGACGUUCUUGUCAAGCCGCAUAAAUAGCGUGAGAAACUGAAGCACUUUCUUCCUCCUUAUACAAUCUUGCCAUCAGUUGACUGUAGAUUUCUGAUGUAUUGCUGAGUUAUCAUUACACUAAAUUAAUGUCAUAAAUAGAGUGUAUAUGUACUACUGUACUUCAUGUGUCUAUUUCAAUUUAUUUCCAAAUUGUAAGCAGAACUGAUUUCAGUUGCAAAGAGGAUGCAUGAUGUUACCCUUAUUUUUGUGAGCACCUUCUAAUAAAUGUAAAGUCCCACGCCGGUUUAAAAGA